CCUUCUUUUUAAUUGUUUCAUGACUUAAAGAACAAGAAAAAGAAAUGGACUUUCUUUUGUUUGGCAAUGGUUCGCCUUUGUUUUUCCUCCAUCUGCCGAUUCGUUCAUCCUUAUGGUUAUGAUUGAUUGAAAAUCGAAGGAUUAUUUGAUUAUUUCCUCAAGAUAAAUUUGGAAUUCUAGUUUUCAAUCCUACUUCUGAGUUCGGAAUUAGCUUAAACCCUAAUUGAUCUUUGAUCUUUGAUCUUCUGGUUGUUUUGCUUUAUGGGCUCUGAUUCCUCUACAUCUCUUGCUCCGGGGUUUCGAUUUCACCCCACUGACGAGGAAAUUGUGCGAUAUUAUCUUAGGCGCAAGGUUUCUGGCAAAUCUCUUCGUUUUGAUCCCAUCUCCGUCACUGAAAUUUAUAAAUCGGAGCCGUGGGACCUUCCUGGGAAGUCGAAGCUGAAGACUAGGGACUUGGAAUGGUAUUUUUUCAGUCCUUUGGAUAAGAAGUAUGGUAACAGUUCGAGGACGAACAGAGCUACUGAGCAUGGGUACUGGAAGACGACUGGGAAGGAUCGGCCGGUUCGACAUAACUCCCGAGUGGUUGGAAUGAAGAAGACUCUUGUUUACCACAGCGGCCGGGCGCCUCGUGGGGCUCGCAGCAAUUGGGUGAUGCAUGAAUAUAGACUUACUGAUGAGGAUUUAGAGAAAGCUGGGGUUGUGCAGGAUGCUUAUGUUCUUUGCAGGAUAUUUCAAAAAAGUGGUUCAGGCCCUAAGAAUGGAGAACAGUAUGGAGCUCCGUUUAUUGAAGAGGAGUGGGAGGAUGAUGAAGAGUUAACUCUGCCUGGCGAGGAGGUUGUGGCCAAUGAAGGGUUAGUUGAUGUUGAUGAUUAUAUGCAUUUUGAAGUGGAUGAUAUUGCUCAGCAGUAUUUUGAUGGAGAACUUCCAGGUGAAUAUGGGCAACCUCCGUUGAUUUAUCCUCAAGAGACUAGCAACCAUGUUGAGCUACCCAAUGGCCUUGUUGAAAAUGAUAAUAAACCAGAAGUAUGUGCUGGUGAUACCUUUGAGCUACAGCCGAGCCUCAAUUUCUUUCAAUUACCAGAGCAAUAUGGAACGGGAGAGAGUUCUGAAAGGGAUGAUCGUUUUGCUGAAUCAAGUGGUAAUCUUGCUGAAUCAAGUGACAAUUUUAAUCAAGAGGAUAUCAAUUACUUACUAGACGAGCCUUACCCGAGUGUUCCGGAUGAUCUUGCCCUCAAUGAGGAAUUAUUCCUGGAGGCCAAUGAUCUUUCAAAUCCAGUUGAAUCUGAUCCAUCUGCGCUGGAUGUGCUUGAAGAGUAUUUUACAUUCUUUGAUGCAGAUGAUAACUUACAGCUGGCUUUUGACCCGUCAGAUCUUUUUGACAGUGAAGAACCUAUUUCUAGCCAAACAACUUCUGAAGAGAAAGUGAGCGAAGUAGCAGAAAAAGAGUUCAUGGCUGCUAAACAGUCGUCCGUAACUUUCGUAAAUGAUGCAUCUACUUCUAAGCAAGACCCCAAGGCUAUUGAAACAAGUUCAGAUUCAAAAUCACCCUUCUUCAAAGGUGCAAGUUACAUGUUAGGAAACAUCCCUGCCCCUCCUGCAUUUGCUUCAGAGUAUCCAUCAAAAGAUAUGGCCAUUCGGCUGAACUCGGCAGCACAAACUUCCAGUUCAGUUCAUGUAACUGCUGGCAUGAUCCAUAUAAGAAACUUGACAUCAAAUGGCGAUCUGGUGAAUGAUCCCUUAUAUGGAAAGAACGCGGAUGUCAACCUCAUCCUAUCUUUUGCUCAACAUCAACAUCAAGUUGAAAGUGAUCACCAAUCUGAGAAGAAUGGGACUAUCGUCGGGUCACGAGGGUUCUUAUUCUUCUUUCUGCUUUUCUGGGUUCUAAUACUCUCGGUGAGCUUUAAAGUUGGGAGUUGCAUAUAUUCCCAUUGAUGAAGAAACAAUCAAAACAUUAUCUGUGGUAAUGAAUAAAAGCUUGAGUGGCUGCAUAUCUCCCUCCUCUCAAGCAGCCAAGAACAGCAAUCUUGCCUAUUUGUUACCGCCACCGGAACGCUAUUUAAAGCGAGGUGAACUGGAAACUUGGAUUGUGCUACCACCCCUUCCCACCACCGCCCUGUUCUCUGGGGUAUGCCUUUUAGCUUAAUAUUCUUUUGUUUAGAGAGGUGUUCGACACAUGAUAGUUGGAUGGGGAGGUAAAAGGGAACAUUUUGUUCAUACUGCAUAUAUUACAUCACUCAUGUCAUAUUUGGGUUUCUUUUUGGUGUCUUGAUCUCGAAACCUUAUUUUAUGUCCAUGGUUAUAGGGUAUAUAUGAUAUAUGUAUGUGAAAAAUGGGAGUAGAAGCUUUCAUCACGUCUGAAUUUGUUGAUGAUUUCUUUCUUUUUUUUCCAAAGGUAUUGUAAUAAAUGUUGGAGAGGGGAUUUGAACUUGAGACCUCUUGUCCACAGGAUUGUACAGGUGCAGCUCAUGUUUUCAAUUAUUAUUGUUAUUUAUUGGAGAAGGGAUUACUCUUAGAAUGUGUGUAAAUUAAUGUUAAUUUGGAAAAAGGAAAUUUGGAAAGGUU